GAAAUACUACGGUAAUAAGAGCAUAUUGUUAUCCAUCAGAAAGCCCCAGUUAAAUAUGUCUUUAAGAUUCUGUCACUCUCUUCUUCUCCUUCAAUUGAUUUUCUGUUCCAUCUCUGCAAUCUUAUCUCAAGAUAAUGGAGACCCAACAAUCAGAACCAUGGAGGCUUUCUCCGGCUACCCUAUUCAUGAAUCCAACUCAUUUGCUACAGACUUCGUUUCUUCCCUCUCAGUUGACACUCUAACUCUCCAGAAACAGAUUGAUGAGCUGUCAACUUUCUCGGAUACACCUGCGCCAUCAGUUACUAGGAUCCUUUACUCUGAGAAGGAUGUUUUGGCUCGCAGGUACAUCAAACACUUGAUGACACUCGCAGGUCUCUCUGUAAGAGAGGACAUUGUUGGUAACAUAUUUGGUAGAUGGACUGGCCAUGAAUCAGAGCUUGCUCCAGUUGCAACUGGUUCUCACAUUGAUGCUAUUCCAUACUCUGGCAAGUAUGAUGGAGUCGUUGGUGUGUUGGGUGCAAUCGAAGCCAUUAAUGUGCUAAAAAGGUAUGGGUUCAAGCCUAAAAGGUCACUGGAGGUUAUCAUGUUCACCUCAGAAGAGCCAACACGUUUUGGGAUCAGUUGUUUGGGAAGCCGCUUAUUGGCUGGGAGUGAAGCACUUGCAAAGGAUCUUAUGUCAACAGUUGAUAGUCAAAAUAUAUCCUUUUUAGAUGCUGUAAGAUCUGCAGGAUAUGCAAAAGAACAAGAUGACUUAUCCAGUGUGUUUCUGAAGAAAGGAAGUUACUCUGCUUUUCUUGAAUUGCAUAUAGAGCAGGGACCCAUUCUGGAGGAAGAAGGUACAUCUAUUGGCAUAGUUACUGCUAUUGCAGCACCUGCAAGUUUAAAAGUAGAUUUUGAAGGCAAUGGAGGCCAUGCAGGUGCAGUCUUGAUGCCAAAGAGAAAUGAUGCUGGUCUGGCAGCUGCAGAAUUAGCACUGGCUGUUGAGAAACAUGUAUUAGAUUCUGGAUCCGUUGAUACUGUUGGUACAGUUGGUAUACUGGAGCUGCAUCCUGGUGCAAUCAACAGCAUCCCAAGCAAAUCACACCUAGAAAUUGACACACGUGACAUUGAUGAAAAGAGAAGAAAUAUUGUUGUUGAGAAAAUCCAUCAGUCUGCAGUUUCAAUAGCUAAAACUCGGGGUGUUGUGCUCUCCGAAUUUAAAAUCAUAAAUCAGGAUCCCCCAGCUCUAUCGGAGAAAUUAAUAAUUGAGGCAGCAGAAGCAGCGUCAAAAGAGCUAAAUUUAACACAUAAGUUGAUGAUCAGCAGAGCUUACCACGAUUCACUGUUUAUGGCCAGGGUAUCCCCAAUGGGCAUGAUUUUCAUUCCAUGUUACAAAGGGUACAGUCACAAACCUGAGGAAUAUGCUUCCGGUCAAGACAUAGCAAAUGGGGUCAAGGUAUUAGCACUGACCCUUGCCAAGUUGUCCCUGCAAUGAUCAUUGUUUUAAUUUCUCCUUAACCAGCUACUUAAGUUUUCAUCAGGGGUAUGUAUUCUUCUUUUAUGUACCCUUUUUGAAGUUGGGUUCACUGUAUGCAUAUGUUUAGUCAAUCACUUAAUCUAAAGUUCCUCCAAGAUGAGCGAAUUUCAAAGAUAUGAGAGUGGAUUGAGGAAAUCA